CGAGCUGAGCAUCCCGGUGAAGCUGAAGCAGGCGACGGCAAAAGAGUGGAGAUGGAUGAAGGAAUCUCCCGUCUGCCCGAGAGGCAGCUGCUGGAGCACAGGGAUUUUAUAGGGCUGGAUUACCCUUCCCUCUACAUGUGCAAACCCAAAAGAGGCGUGAAGAGGGACGAGAGCAAGGAAGCGUACAAACUGCCCCACCGGCUGAUUGAGAAGAAACGGCGGGACCGGAUCAACGAGUGCAUUGCCCAGCUGAAGGACCUGCUGCCCGAGCACCUCAAGCUGACGACGCUGGGACACCUAGAGAAAGCCGUGGUGCUGGAGCUGACUCUGAAGCACUUGAAAGCGCUCACAGCCUUAACGGAGCAGCAGCACCAGAAGAUCAUCGCUCUGCAAAACGGGGAGAGCUCCAUGAAGUCUCCGGUGCAGGCCGACCUGGACGCCUUCUACUCGGGCUUCCAGACCUGCGCCAAGGAGGUGCUGCAGUACCUGUCCCGCUGCGAGAGCGGCGCCCCCCGCGAACAGCGCUGCGCCCAGCUCCUCCUCGGCCACCUGCACUCCGUGUCCGCGCAGCUGCUCCCCGGCCCGCCGCUGCUGGCCCCGCCGGGCCCGCUCAGCAAGGGAUCCUCCUGCUCCCCACCCUGCGCGCCGGGACACCGGCCCCAGGGGCCCCGGCCGGAGGGCCAGGCCAACUGCGUGCCCGUCAUCCAGCGGACUCACGCCGAGCCCAGCGCCGAGACCGACACGGACACGGACAGCGGCUACGGCGGCGAGACCGAAGCGCGGCCCGAGCGCGGCCCCGUGACGGCCGGGGGCGCGCUUCCCGCCCUCAGCAUCAAGCAAGAGCCGUCGGCGGACGAAGUGCCCCCCACUCCCAAACGGCUGAAGCUGGACCGCGGCAGCAGUCCCCUGCCCGGUGCCCCGGGGCUGGCGGCGCGGGGGGCCGAAGCGGCGGCAGCGGCUCUGGUGAGACCGGAUGCGGCGCUGCUGGGCUCGCUGAUGGCUCUGGGGGCGGGCGGCGGAGCCCCCUUCGGACAGCCGGCCGCCCCUUUCUGCCUGCCCUUCUACUUCAUCUCGCCCUCGGCCUCCGCCUACAUGCAGCCGCUGCUGGAUAAAGGCGGCCUGGAGAAGUACCUGUACCCUGCCGCCCCCAUCCCGCUGCUCUACCCCAGCAUCCCGGCACAGGCAGCCGCCGCGGCUGCCGCCGCCGCCUCCUUCCCCUGCCUCUCUUCCGUGCUCGGCCCCGCCGACAAGGCGGCCACCGCCGGGCUGCCCCCAGCGCCCCACCUCCCGCACCCCUACGCCAGCGCCGCCGAGCCCGCCGAGGAACCCGAGCCCGCUGCCACCGAGCAGCCCGGUGCCGAAGGCCCGUGA